GUUCUAAAGCGGCGGCGGGGGCGCGGCCGCGCGCGAGGGGGCGUGUGAGGGGGAGCGGCGGGGAACGGCCGCCGCCGCCGCCGCCGCAGACACAGCCGCAGGCACAGCCCGCCGCCGUCCCUCCCGCCGCAUGGAGCUGUCGGCCAUCGGCGAGCAGGUGUUCGCGGUGGAGAGCAUCCGCAAGAAGCGCGUGCGGAAGGGGAAAGUAGAAUACUUGGUGAAGUGGAAAGGAUGGCCCCCAAAAUACAGCACAUGGGAGCCAGAGGAUCAUAUCUUGGACCCUCGCCUGGUAGUGGCUUAUGAAGAAAAGGAAGAGAGAGACCGUGCAUCAGGGUACAGGAAAAGAGGCCCCAAACCAAAGCGCCUCCUACUGCAGAGGCUGUAUGGCAUGGACUUGAGGAGUGCCCACAAGGGAAAGGAGAAGCUCUGUUUCUCUCUUGCACGGAGGUUUGGAGGAGGAGACAGUAGCCUGCCAGGGACCAAGACGGGUCAGGCAGAGUUCCCAGAGAAGACUGGGGGAGCAGUCCUGCCAUUUUCUCUCCGGAAGCAACGCAAAAACCAGAAGUACCUGCGACUGUCAAGGAAGAAGUUUCCCCGCAUGGCGAGCCUGGAGAACCGAAACUGCAGGCAUGAGUUUUUCCUGAAUGAUGCAGUGGGCCUAGAGGCCAGGCAGGGCCCUGAAGACUGGGAGGCCAUGCAGCACACCAGCAAAGAAGCAGAUGUGGAUGCCAGUCUCCCUUGGAUCCCCACUGUGCCCCCCAGUGAAGUGACAGUGACAGACAUCACGGCAAACUCCAUUACCGUCACUUUCAGAGAAGCACAAGUGGCUGAGGGCUUCUUUCGAGACCGGAGCGCACAGUUCUGAAUCUCUUGUUUGCAGUGCUCCCCAAAAACAGUGCUUUUAGGGUGGGGCUAGGGAAGGGUUACGUUAUCCCUUAAGAGAAAAAAAAAUCCAAAAUGUCUCCUCUUAAAAUGUUUACAGAGACUUUUUUUUUUUUUCUCCUUUUUCCCCAUUCAGAUACGCAAAAAAGGGCAGUGUAGGGGGUGUGUGUUUGUCACUGCUUUGUCCAGCUGAAAAACUGACAGCCCUUUCCCUGGCAAAGACUCCCCUCCUUGAUGUGAAAGCAGCAAGCUGAACAAUUCGCCUUUUAUCCCGUCAAGUGGCGGCAGCUGCAUUUGUGGGGAGAGGGCAUGUGGAGGUGGAAAGAGAGCUGGAUCUCUAGCCUGCCGCCUUGUUCUGCAAUUGAUAUCCCUUGGAUAAAGAUACAUCUCUGUGCAUUGCUCUUCCCACCUUCCUCCUCCCUCUCUUCCUGCAGCAGUGAGACGCAAUGGAUCCUACCUGUGUAGAUAACUCCAGCCUGUUUAAGACUUUCUCUCCAGUGCUGUUUUCCCUGUGGCCUGCUGUCAGGACUUCAGAAUCCUAUUUGCCUGUCUGUGGUAAGUCAGUCUUUGCAGCACGGGUCUGUAUAGACAGCAGAGGUUUCUCCCUUUGAUUGUUGAUCAUGCGGAAAGACUGAAAUGCAUCUCUGAAAUCUAAAUUGGCAACGCAAAUUCAAUUUGCCCUCAUUAAAAGCUCAGAAACCCAGCGUAGUCAAGACAUACCAUUCUGUAUAUGCUAAACAGGAUUUCCAGGCUCGGCUCUGCUGUGUGAGGAAUGUGUUAUAAAAAGUGGGGUCUUCUUACCCUUUGCCAAAUUCAGUAUUAAUAACAAAUGCUGCCCUGGAUCUGUGGUAAUAAGUUAGUUGAAAACUGACUCCUCUCCCCUGGGAGGAGGGGCUAAUAGGACAACUGAAGCAUUGCCUGGCACUGCAAAGAUAUUCAAAAAACUGGCACAGGCCCAGGACACAGGAAUUGGACAGAACUGAGCUAGAAAUGGACCUUGAUUAGCAGCAAAUUCUGGUUUUGGAUCCCAUGGAGAGAUCCAAGGUAAACAACAUGUGGGGAAAGCAUGUAUUAGAUUUGAAGAGGGGAAAAAAAUUCUUAAUUCUUAGCAAUGAGAAUUCUUGGAUUGUACUGCCUGAGUGAUAUUCUUCCAUGACUCCAGUCUCCUCACAGUAUCUGUGAUCCUAUUUUACUGAUAGGAACUUCCCCUUGGAAGGCUUAAAAAUCUUUGCCAAGGAAAGCGGUCUGCAUUUCAAUAGACCCUGCCUAAUCUUGCACUUAAAAAUGCCUUGUGCUGGACUGCCUGUGACACUUUGAGGUUUUUGAAGAAUUGCUGUAUUUUGAGUUGGUAAUUUAGCAUAGCAUCUGUUCUUGCACAUGCAUGUUCUCUUCCAUUUUUAAAAGCAAAUUUUAUUUAAAUAAUUUUUAAAUAUAGACCUUUUCCUAUGGAAAGCAAGAAAAGUAAGCUAGUCUGAAGUGGGAACUGCAGGACAGAGUCUGCAGGGUAACAUUGGCUACUGUUGUGAUUUCUGUACUCAAAUCCUUUGUUUCCUCACCCCACCCCACUUGAAGCAUCUCUUGUAUGCUGUAUUUAUUCUAAAUGAAGCUAUGAGCCUUCUCAGCUGUGAGACCACCUGUGGAAAUCCUCAGUGUGUUCCUGUGAGGGGCUUGGCUGCUGGCCUGCAGAAUUUUGGAGCUCUGGGGCUUCUGGUCCUCCAAACAUCUACUUUUUGCAAAGUUCUUGGACAGCCCCUAUGGCUUUUAUUAAAAGCAGGUUUUACCUCAUAUGGGACAUGGCAGCUCAGUGUAAAUUUAGGAUUUGCCCUUCCAUCUCAGAGCUGUUUGAGCAAGCCUUCCACUGCAUCACAGCAGUUUCAGGACCUCUGGGAAGGUCUUGAAUUUUUGGACUGAUCUUUUGUCUCUCAAAAGAAGUAAGAUGGGAGUUUUAUUAUGGAGAAAUUUGAGAGGGUGAGAAGUGGAAGCUGGGGAGGGGGGUGGAAUUACAAGGUAGGAGGAAGAGUGAGUGGGGGAAAUAAGCUUACAGUAGCUAGCAAGGGCAACCUGAUGAGGUAAGCAUGCAGGCGCAGGAUGUUUGUUGAAUGUGGGUGUCCAGAGCGAGGCUUCUGUGUCUGGAGUUGUACCCUCUUUUGCAGGAUGUUGGGUCAGACAGUGUUGUUAUCAUCACCCCCACACACACCCCCUCUUCCCAACACCUGCCAAAUGUGCUGAAUACCUGCAUCUCUCGUGUGUUGUGGGCAGUGGACACACCAAAUGGCUGAGUCCACUCUUAUGGGUUGUAGCAGGUCAGGUAGUGAUGGUUGCAGAAGCAUAAUACUUUAGCUCUUUUUAAAAAAUGUUUUGAACUGCAGCUCACCCUGAUAGAUCUUUGUGGCAUUUAUAGGAUCUGCCUUCUCUAUUCUAAUGCAGAAACUGAUGCCUUUGUCAUGUCUUCAUCUAAGAGUACAAACACACCAAAAAAAGCUUCCUAUUUACUAAGUUCCUGGCUUUGGCUGACAUCGGAAGCAAUAUCAAUCCUGCGGCAGGAAAGAGCUUGUCCUAAUAAACUAGAUUUCCAUCUUCUGCUUUUCUUUCCACUCGCCAGCUGACACUUCUCAACACUCUGUUUUGGCAUUUUUCUUUAAACAUAUUUUCUUCCUCUUGCAGUGGAGUUUUCAAAGACCUGUGGUGGUCUUUCAAAGACGAUCCACCCACAGCUUCAUAUCUUAAUCAUUUUUUGGAUCAGGCUAGCUUGUGUUCUGCUGGUGACUAAUCAUCUCGCUGCACAAAGUGUGGAACAAAGUACCUGGCUGCGAUGCUGCUUUGUGUCAAUGAGGAGUUAAGUAUAAUCGAGUUAAGACGCAACAAGCUGCGUGUGCGUGGGUUUGGGGGAGGGGGGUGUGAAGAGGAGUUUGUGGUAGGAAACUAAGCAGUUACUUCGUUGGCGUGGACUUUUUUUUUUUUGACAUUCAUGAAUUCUUGUUUAUCUUAAAGAUCUUUUUGAGAAGAUUUUUCUCCUGAUCUUUUUAAAAAAACGUGGCUCUGUUCCACAUUGUCUGGUGACAUAUUGUUGUAAAUUUCCUUGCUAGAGCUGGUCUUCAGGGAGUUUAAAAUUAGCUUUAUUCCAUCUCUGCAGGUGUAGAGAUGUAUGGGGGUUUUAGUAGGGAUGGCAAGAGAAGUUGUCUGGGUUUGUCUUUUCUCCCCAAUACUGUCCUUCUGCCAGUUCAACCCAAAACAUGAAAAUUGAAUUGGGACCUCUUGUACUAACAUAUCGUGAAGAUCAGAUGCUGUGCUCGGAGCUUUGUUAAGCAUUCCGUUUGAUUAGAAGAGCCAGAAUAGCAUCCAGCUGAAGCUGAGUUUAAUAAUUCUAUUUGAAGCACAAGCUGAGAAUAGAAAUGGGCUAACUCUCCCAUACCUCAUUUGGCUCCAUGGCUGUAAACAAGAAAAACAAACUUCAGCCAGUGGAAAUACUGAACUGUACACAAGAAACAACCUUCUCAGAGAAGAACGGUUCUAAUAGUCAUUCUUAGAACUGUUUCCAUGUGAGAAUUUACCAGCAGCGUUUGGGAAACAGAGGUUUUUAUUUCAUAAAUCUCAAAGUGAACUCACUGUAUAUAUGACAGAACUGAGGGGCUUCAUGAGACUGGAAAGCCUUUAUUGUUAACACUGUGUUUAAAAAAAAACAUAUGGAAAGUGAGGUAUAUAUUCCUCUGUGGGGUAUAUUCCUCUGUUCCUGAAUGGUUAUAAACUAGAUGUUAUUCUCUGAUAUAUAAGUGAUGCCUUGGAACAGCAAGUUUUAACGCAUAAAUAGUGGCAUUAAGUAGCCUCGUAGCUCCUGCAUGCUCCUUAUUGUCUCGCAUUUGCUUGGGGGCCCUUCUGCUUGUGAAGUCAGACCAAGGUGAUUUUUUUUUUCUUUUUUUUUCUCCUUUUUUUUUUUUUUUUUUUCCUAAGCAAGGCCAGGAUAUUUUUGUGAGAACACCCAAAAGCAGUUCCGUUUGCCAAAAUAAGCCCAAAUUUGUUAGUGAAUUGACUCUUGUUUAUGUCAGAGCCUCAGACGUAGAGAAGCUUAUUGAGAAAUGAAUGGCUUUUUUUGUUAUUAGUGUUGUGAAACUGUCCGGAAUUGUUCUUCUGGUGUUUUGUGACUGAAUGUAUAAAAUUGUUUGUUCACCUCACAGGGGGCCCUUGGCCCCAGUAUUGUUUCCUGCUGUAUGCCAGCUAGUGCUGCUUGAUGGUUUCACUGGAAUAGAGAAGGGAGGCCUCACACAGGUCAAAAAAUAGGCAGGGUAGCUCAUGCAGGACCCUCUGUGGUAGCCACAACAGAGGCCAGGGUGCGGAAGACAGCGGGGGCUGUCAGCCACAUCUGUGUAUUAAGCAAAGUCAAGUCUACCACCACCUCUCCACCCCUUCCUCUCCUCUCAAGCUUUAAGCUUUUGUCUUCUGAAGUAGGGAAAGUGCAAAAACCUCCUUUUAUAAAGCUAGUUGGUAUCUAUCCAUCUUCUCUUCCUCCCUGGCUUACCUGCAGCCUAGGAAGAAGAGGGCAGUGGGCCUUUCUGGGAAGAUAGUAGGGAUAGCUGCCAGUCAGGGAAGAUAUGGAUAGAGUUGCUUCAGAGUUGCUCUCAUUAGGUGACUGAGGACAGGCCUGGGUGAGCUGGUAGUUGAGAGAGAAGGUGUGUUAGAAACAAAGAACUUGUAGUGAAACUGAUCCCUUGCAUCUGCUGUUGUAGUUCUGCGAGGGCCUUGUGGACAGGAGGUGGUGAUUGCUGCAUUUAUGUAUCUGUCUUCUACCAUUUGGGAAGGCAAGGGAGAUGUGUACAUUAACAGCUUGCAUAGGGAAUGCAUAGCGUUGGCACAUACAGGUAGAAGGCACAUGUUGCUUUUGCCAUGCCUGUCAUAAGGGUUUUCCUGAAGGGUAUAAUAAACUUGUAGGAGAUGCUGGGAGUUGCAGAGAGAUGUGGAGCUCAGUGGGAGCACAUAAGGGCUGACAGGGAGGGGAUGGAUUGCUACAAAGUCAGGUUGGGGUAGAAGCCUGGCUGCUGAGGUUGCCUCUGUCUGCUGUGGGCUGCCCUGCAAAGAUGGUAGGGGUUCUUCUCCGAGAGUGCCAGUCAGAUGUUGAAAGGGAGAGCUCCUACGACUGCUCCGAACCUCUGUCACAGGUUAUUUCUUUACUGGGAUAGCAGAGUUUUGGCUGGGAGGGGGAUUUUGGAGGAGGAGGUGGAAAAACCUUUUUUUAUUAUUAUUGCUUUUUUAACCAGAAAAUGUAGUGUCAGCACGAAGAAGCUUUUUGCAAAUCUGUCAAAAUGUUAAGUAGCUUUUUUUUGCUUUUAAAUCUGAAGUAUGUUUUGAAGCACUUUGGAAAUGCAAAGCACUAGGAGUGCUAAGUACUCCUUAUCGUCUGUCUAAAAGUGGCAUUUGAAAAGCAAAAGAUGUAUCUGUUUCAGGCUGCUGGCUGCUCCUUAUCAUUUUUCCAGAGCUGCCACCCAGCCCUUUGCCUCCCUCCCAUGGCUGGAGGGGAGCGUGCUCUGCCAUGCCAAGGAACGGAGGGCUCCCUGAGGGAGUGAGAGAGACCUGCUAAGUCCCUCACUUGCCUUCGGGGUGCAGGUUGGCUUCCUCCCUCCCCACCUCCUUUGACUGAAAGGGAAAAAAGAAGUUGAGUUUCAGUUGGUGUGGUCCUAGUCUGGAACUAUGACCAUAUCUUCCAGCUCCAGAGACGUCUUCAUAGAGUUUCCUGUCUGAAAAAUUGCACCUUAUUAGCUUAAUUGAGGAACAGGGAGAUGUCUGUCCUUUUGCAGGGAGUGGGGAGAGGAAGGGAGGGUGAACCAGGAGCUGUAUUCAGGAGCUGCUGGAAUUUUCCAGAAGCCGUUUCCUCACCUCAUCUCCAACAGAAUGGCAACAAAAGAGAUAAAAUAAUUUAGGUGAAGCUUUUGUUCUGUGUAUGUCAAGAACCUUUUGAGCAGACUAAGGGGAGAGUCCUUACCUAGCCAGCUCUACAGCGUGGGGGGACGACACCCCAGUUCUUUCACUGGGUUUUCAGCACCAACCUUUUCCUUUGGCGUACACACAUCGUUCAGGCUCUUUUGCACACCGAUUUGGUGUGCUCCCUUUCUGUUGGGGGGGGAAGAUGGGAGAUGACAGGGUCAGUUAGAGGGGAGGGUCCCUGAUAUUUUUGUUCCUGUCUCUUCAGUUGUUGCUGUUGUUCCUGUCAGCACGCUAGAGUAUCGGAGUCUUUGCACACAGAAAGCUUCCUUUUGCACAGAAUGAGCUUCUAGCUUUUGUACAGACUAAUUGAAUGUAUUUGGGGAGGGGGGGAAAUAGGGAGUAAACCAAUUCCAAACAAACCAAUCAGAGUAUAAUGCCUUUUCUGAGCAAGUAUGUGGUGUAAAAGGAGGUCGUAAUAGCAAAGGGAGGGCAAGCUCAAGUAUAAUUUGACACAAAGUGUGGUUUUAUUUUUGUACUGAUAUGGAUAAGAGACUGUACAGCAUCUAUUUAUUUAGAUGAUUUAUGUGGUAAAUGUUGCAAACAAAAUUAUUAAAAUAUUAAAUAUGAGAACUGACAUUUA